GUUUGUUUCACUACUCGUUAACUUUCCAUGAUUUAUCAUGUGUUACUCUUUAGUUCUAUAUUCCGUGUCAACGCUCGAUACUGUCAACCAUAGAUUUUAUUAUAUUAUAUAUUAACCUCAAGUAAUAUCAAUAAUCACAAUAUAUUGAUCAUGUAUUUGGGUUUUCAUUCAAUACUAGUCGUCCUAUUAUUAUUUUUUACUAGUUCCAUCAAAACUGAAACAAAUAUUGAAGAAGAAAAUGAUACCGCUAGAUAUGUAAUAGAAGGAAGGGCUUUUCCAAUAGGAGAAACACAAAACAAACCCAAUUGGCAAGCAACCACAAGAAUACACGUAAACGGGGGCGAAUAUAUAGGGUUUGUUAAAAAGGAUGGAUCCUUUACAAUUCAUAAUGUACCUGCAGGCUCGUAUAUUGUUGAAGUUCUACACCCAGAGUAUACUUUUGAGCCCACUAGAGUGGAAAUAAAUUCUAAAGGAAAGUUCAGAGCGAGGAAAGUGAACCACAUCAAAACAUCCGAAGUUAUUGUUGUACCUUAUCCAUUAAGAAUGAAGGCUUUAGGAAAAACUAGAUACUUCCAAGUAAGGGAACAAUGGAGAGUAACUGAUCUUCUUUUCAAUCCAAUGAUUAUGAUGAUGGUUUUACCACUUCUUUUGAUCAUGGUCCUACCAAAAAUGAUGAAUGACCCAGAAACCAAAAAAGAAAUGGAGCAAAUUCAAAAUAUGGCCAAAUUUGAAAUGUCAGACUUUGUUUCCAAUUACUUAGCAAAAUCAUCAUCCUCACAGACUGAUAAAGAUAAAGUGCCAGCAGCAAUCAAAAAGAAUCAAAAAGCUAGGAAGAGGAUAGAAAAAUAAGUUUUUGGAACUAUUUAAUUUAAUAACUGUAAAAUAAAAGUAAAUACAUAUUUUUCUUUUUUGCUUA